UAAUUUGUGUGUAAAUUGUUGGGGGUUAUUCGCCAGAUUUGCUACAUAUACUUCCCGAUUUCGCAGAGAACGAUUUGUUUGCUAGUUGAGGUUUUGGUUCAAAAUUGCCACUUGUUUGAAGCAUGUGAAGGAUACCUCUUUCUUCUCUGUGUUUUCCUGCAGCAUCGUCGUUUUCCUGACGAAUUUGCGUCUGAGAAUUGAAGCUGGUCAUCUCCUCGAAUUCUGUGUUCCUCACUCAACAAGCUCUUGAAUUCCUCAUGUCACCCAAAUUCUAUUUCUGAGAAGAGCAUUUGUAGGUCCGUUUGUGAUUCCUUGUGGCGAAGCUCAGGUGUUUUUGAUGCGAUUGGGAUUUGUAAAGUGGAGGUUUCAGUGAGUGUUCAAAAGUCGGGAAAAUGAAGGUGGAGGCAGGUCAAGCUGCUCUGAUCACAGGAGCUGGAGGCGGAAUAGGACGAGCCUUGGCAGUGGCUCUUGCCAAACGUGGGGUUCAACUCUCGGUGCUUGACUUGGCGUCUGAACAAGGCCAAGAGACGGUGCGUUUAGUGGGUGAAGCGCAUGCCCAGAUUUCUUACAAGCCUAAUUCUCCAUCAGCCAUUUUCAUAAAAUGCGAUGUCAGUAAAACUGCUGAACUGGCUGCCGCAUUUGCCCAACAUCAACGUGUAUUCGGACGGCUGGAUAUUUGUAUCAAUAAUGCUGGUCUUGGAGAGGAGAGUAAUUUCUAUGAAGACAAAAAUGAUGAAAGGAAGCCUGAAUGGCGCAAAGUGGUGGACAUUAACUUGACCGCUGUCAUUGACGGCACACGGCUAGCGGUUCAAGCAAUGAAAGGUCGAGGAGGUCUUAUCCUCAAUAUUGCCUCUGCUGCUGGUUUAUACCCCAUGCAGUUUGGACCUAUAUAUUCAGCCAGCAAAGGUGGCGUUGUGAUGUUCACAAGGGCCCUCCUGGGUUUGAAGAAGUUGGAAAUUCGUGCUAAUGCGUUAUGUCCUGAGUUUGUGCAGACACAGUUUUUGGAAAGCGUAUCGUCAGCCGGGAAGAAGUUCAUAAACAAUCUUGGUUACGUAACCAUGGAUCGAAUACUGGAAGGUGCAUUCAUGGUACUCGACGAUGAGCGUCAGGCUGGAGCCUGUGUUUGGAUUCCAGCGAGAAAUCCCACUCAGUUCUGGCCAUCUGAAGAAGAGAAGAAGAAAUACAGAGUGACUGGGCUACAGAGCAAACCGAGCAAUGCUCCUUUGGCCCUGGCACCUCCCAUACCCUCACAAUUCCAAAAAGUUGUAGUGCACACUUUGAGUUCUAAUUUCCGAGCAGCGACUAAAGUUGUGACUGUGACUUACAAACCUCCUGUUAAGCCUGGCCACGUUCUUAUUAAGUAUCUGUAUGUUGGUAUCAACGCUAGUGAUGUAAACUUCAGCGCAGGGAGAUACCACGCUAGUGUACAAGAGGCAGCUGCGGGAUUGCCUCUUGAUUGUGGCUUUGAGGCUGUGGGACUCAUUGCCGGUGUAGGCGACGGCGUGUUGGAUGCGAAUUUGAAACCUGGGUCGGCGGUUGCCACCGUUGCAUAUGGCGGGUUUUCAGAAUAUAAGGAGAUGCCUGUAAAACACGUGUUUUCAGUACCAGUGGCGACUCCUGAAGUUGUGGCGAUGCUAACAUCAGGGCUUACUGCAUCUAUUAGUCUUGAGCAGGCAGGAAGAAUGACGAAGGGAGAGACGGUAUUAGUGACAGCAGCCGCUGGAGGAACCGGCCAGUUUGCAGUGCAGUUGGCCAAGUUAGCGGGCAACAAGGUGGUGGCCACAUGUGGUGGAGCAGAUAAGGCAGCGCUGCUUAAGGACUUGGGCGUCGACCGCGUCAUCGACUACAAGAAAGAGAACGUAAAAGAAGUCUUGAAGAAGGAGUAUCCCAAGGGAGUAAACAUCAUCUAUGAAUCAGUGGGAGGCGAGAUGUUUGACACCUGCAUGAACGCUCUAGCGAUGUUCGGCCGUAUGGUGGUCAUCGGCAUGAUGUCGCAGUACACGGAGGGCGAGGGAGGGAACUGGAAGCCAGCAAAUUAUCCUCGACUCUGCGAGAAGCUGCUGUGGAAGUCGCAAACAGUGUCUGGUUUCUUCCUCGUGCACUACGUGCGGAUGUAUCAGCAGCACAUCGACAAGCUUUACGAUUUGUACAGUUCGGGUAAACUCAAGAUUUCGAUCGACUCAAAGAAGUUUGUUGGGGUCCAUUCUGUGGCUGAUGCUGUUGAGCAUCUUCAAUCAGGAAAAAGUGUUGGCAAGGUCGUCGUGCAACUUGAUCCUAAUGCUUCAUCAUCGCAACAUGCAUCAAGACUCUGAACAGAUGCUCAAUCACUGAAACAAUGUAAACUAUGCAGGAGGAGAAUGUUAGUACUACUAAAGUGAUUGACUCCGUCAUUGUAAUGAAUUUGCAUAUGUUCAGAUCUGCUGCAUUAUGUUA